UUAAUUUUUAAAUCCCUAUAAAUUUUAAAUUGAGAUAAUUUUCUUUUUUUUUUUUUUGAGAUCGACGUUGAUUACUAAACUCUUCUUAGACCCACAAUAGCAAUGCCGUUUCCCUCAAAGUGAUAAUGACAUGCUAUAAUUUGUUAUUGAUUGAACAAAUAAUUAAAAGAUUUGUUGUUAUGGCAUCUGUUAUGUACGCGCGGCAUUGUUAAAUUGACCGCCAUUUAGCCAAUCCGGUCAAUUAAACUGCAUUCUCAACAGGUGUUUCCCUUUCCUCAAAUUACACAUUCUUUAUAGUCUCUCUUUAUAACAGGUAGUUCUAUUGGUUCAAGAGAUACCGGUCUUCGGAUUUCUUCGUCUUUCAUGGCGCAUACAGUGCAACUUGAUUGUAGUGCCUACGAUUGUGCCAUGAUUAACGUGUAAAUCGAUAUAUCUGUUAUUCGAUUAAAUACUGUUUAUUCCAUUUUCAUAAAAAAAAAAACUAAAUAAAAAUUGAAGAGAUGAAAACGUAGCAGACUUAUAACGAGAAAUUGGACGUGCAGUAUUCGAGAUACGAGAGAUCGUACGAUCCUGAAGCAUCGUGGCGAAGAUUGCCGAUUUGAACGAGUCCGACGUCCGACCGCCAUGUCGGUCUCGUAAACGUUGAACGUUGAACCAAUGGCACGUCGCGUUACCUGCGGCGCACCUGGAGCGACUGGAGCGGCUGGAGCAGGUGAGUGAGCGACGGUGCGUCGAUCAGGGAUUACGAUCGGUCAUCGGAUUAGUCGCCGGAGUAUUCGCGGUCGAGCAUGUUCGGAACGUAGCUCCGCUGCUAGUUUUCUGUCGCCUCGGGAUCGAGUGCCUCCCUCUCCCCGGCUCUCUGCCUGUUUCCGUCUCUCAAGGUGUACGUGCGCGUGCAGUGCGUUGUGAAAAAUUUGUAAAUAAGUUAUAAUCAGCGCGGCACAUCCUGGUUACCAUGCCGUACUAUAACAGUGGUCACAGUCCCGCUUACAACAAAGAUGGCGGCUCCAGUGGACCGUCGAGCACUUCUGGUGGUCGCGCCAGCAGCUCGGAGCCGACAUAUAUGAUGGAGCACUUGGCCACGUUCACCGUCACGAAGGAAACCGGUAUUGUUUAUCCGGCGGAUGGUAUGCGCCGCCUCUUACAGUUGGAGAAAAGUAAUGGCAUCUGGAGUCAAAAAAUGCAGCUCCGUCUUGAGCGAAACUGGGUCCUCAUCAUGGACAACGAAACAGGGGCCAUUAUGGAACGAUUCCCUGCUUCCUUGAUACAGGAACCAACGGCAUUUACGUCGAGAGAUCCUAUGGAAAUGUACAACAACAUUUUAGUAUUCACGGUGGCUGACGAUAGUGGUUCCAACCAGCGAGCGGAGAUGCACAUAUUUCAAUGUCAAAGUGUGUCGGCACAGGAUCUCGUCGAGGACCUCAAAAUGCUGCAAAUGGGAAAACUGGUCACGGGUGGCUCGCCCCGGGGUCCUAGAGGACACAUUCCACCACCACCUGCCUUACCACCCCCGGAACCACCCUUGAACGGCGUUAACGUCAGGGAACAGGUGUCUGCUUUCAAUGCGGCGAAUGAUGGGCAAAAUGAUAUGUCGCGAGAGGAGAACAAUGACGAGGUAUCAUCGACGUCGUCGGAGAAAUAUGAGCGUGACGUGACGAUCCUGAAUCACUGCUUUGACGACAUCGAAAAGUUCAUAGCGCGUCUGCAGCAUGCAGCUGCCGCGUCUCGGGAGUUAGAGCGCCGACGACGUAAUCGGAAGUCAAAGAAGAGAAAUCUCGGCGAUGGUAUGCUCACGAUGAGAGCAAAGCCACCGCCCGAGAUGGAGUUCAUUGAUAUCUUUCAGAAGUUUAAGCUUUCGUUCAAUCUUCUAGCCAAGCUCAAGGCGCAUAUCCACGAUCCCAAUGCGCCAGAACUUGUACAUUUCCUCUUCACGCCGCUCGCGCUCAUCGUGGACGCCUCUCACGAUACUAAUUACGAUCCGAAUUUACCUAGUAAAGUGAUGUCGCCGCUUCUCACGCGAGAAGCGGUCAAUCUGCUGAUAAAUUGCGUCACCAGCAAAGAGACCGAGUUGUGGCAUUCACUGGGUGACACGUGGUUGAUACCGCGUGAUCAAUGGAAAGUACAUGUACCGCCAUACAAUCCGAUCUUUAUGGACGGCUGGUCACCAGAAUAUCCUAUUCCCGAAGAUAGGGAUCACGAUCAUUUAACGUCCUUAUUGAACGCGGAUAAACAAAAGAGGGAUGAGUUACCAGAACAACAGAAUGAUUCUUAUUACAAUCACCGCGACGUGGAUGAAUCGCAUUAUAGCAGCGAUUAUCUAGAAUACGAGAGCCGAGAGGAACGUGGUGGAAACGAAUACUUUGAUAGGAAUUAUGGGCCGAGCUCAGAAUUGUAUGGUCGUGAGGAAAGAGCUGAUCAGACCAGGGCGCAUAGUGACAUAUCCGUCGACUCGAUCGAAAGAGCUCCCAGAACAGUCGCUGGUAUAGAGAGAGCGCAAGAGGCUUGGUUGGAUGAAUUGGUAGCACGCCACGCUAAAAUCGUGCAAGUCACUUAUCCACGAACGGCGAACAAUGACAAGGAGCUCACGGUUGUCAGAGGCGAAUAUCUGGAGAUUCUUGACGAUAGCAGAAAAUGGUGGAAAGCGAGGAACUCCCGAGGGCAAGUCGCUCACGUGCCACACACUAUCGUUACGCCGCACAAUCCCACUACUCAUUCUACUGACAAUGAUGUCUUUAACAAUCCUCUAUACACCAGUAGAUAUCCAAGACAGGGGCACGGCUAUAAUUAUGAGGAUUCGGAGAUUGAAAGAACCAGCACUAGUCCAGGUCCGGAAGCCACUCAUCGAACACAUGCGAUUCCACCGCCAGCGCCUGCUGAUUGGGUGAGAAAGGAAAGACUGGGGAAAAAAGACGACAUUAGUGCAUACAACGGAACCAUCAGUAAUAGCAAUAGAUCUAGUACAUCUUCCAUUGAGAGCAUCUCUCAGUCGAUCGGAAAAUUUAAUACGCAACAAAGCAUCGUGGAAGUGCACUCGCCACCUCACGAUAUAAUACUAGAUAUAAUACCCGGCAAGCUAAUUAUACCGCCUACUAUCACACCGAUUGCAACAUUACCACCAACAGAACUAUUUACAUCGAAAUCGACGCCAAUCCUACCUGAACCGGAAUCAGCACCAACAUUAUCCACAUCGAAAUCAGCGCCAACACUAUCUGUAUUGAAAUCUGCACCCGUAUUAUCUUCAGUAAAAUCAACACCAGUAUCAUCUACACCGGCAUUAAACUCAUCGACGGUACCUCCGAUGCCUCCACCACUUCCACUACCGCCGCCGUCAACACCAAUAGGAUCUAUCUCAUUACUUCAACCCCAAAAAUCUUUACCGUCAACUUUUAUGCUUAAUAAAAUGGGAACAUUUAAAAAUAAUCACUUCUUCAAUGGUCUCUCCAGUCAGGAAGAAGUUCAAAAGGAGCUUAAGUUCGUUCUCGGAAUAUUUCGAGAGAAGAAAGCAAAUUCUUCUAUUAAUAAUAAUACACAAGAAAUUUGGUUGAAUCAACAUUCGACUCCUCAACAAGUUCAAACUUGGUUAGAAGCCAAAGGAUUCUCGCAAAAAAUUUGCAAACAGUUGGAAAAUACGAACGGCACAGAAUUGUUCAAUUUAUCACGACGGCGAUUGGAGCAAUUAUGUGGAUUGUCCGAGGGAAGUAGGCUCAAUGGCCAAUUAACUUUAGCGAAAAACGAGUGUGAAUAUAAAACCGCCCGAUCGUCAGAACUCAAGCAAAUUUUAGAAAAAGCGCGUCGAAGAGCGGAGAAAUUAAAUGAUAAGGAUGAAAUCAAAGAGUGAAUCAUACUGUUCUUUAUAUUCCGUACGCGGAAUGCUGCAAGUACUUUAUUAUCACUGCGAAUUUAGAAAAAUGGAAGAUAAAAUGCAACAUAUGUAUUUUUUUUCGUAAUUUUUCAUAGGUAUCGAAGCAAUACUAUCGAAAAAAUAUGAUGGAAUUAUUUUAUUUUCUGUAUUGUGAUAAUUAUUUAUUACGAGAAAGCAAUAUUGCAUAUUAAAGGUUUUUAGCAAGCAGCUAGCAAAUAUACAAUAAAUUAAUUCUGAUGUUCUUUUAUUGCGAACAAUAUUCAUUAUAUUUUAACGAAUUAAAGAUUUGUUUUCUAUUCCUGCACUGGUUGCAGUGGUUA